UUGCAGAGAUGCAGCUACAACCAAGGAACACCAAGGAUUCCCAGGAGCUACCAGAAGCUAGGAAGAGGCAAGGAGGGAUUCUUCUCUAGAGCCCUCAGAGGGAGCAUAGCCCUGCUAACACCUUCAUUUUGGACUUCUGCCCUCCAAAACUGUGAGAUAAUACAUUUCUGUUGUUUUAAGCCAUUCAAUUUGUGGUAAUUUGCUUCCCUUAGUUCCUUGCCACUUGGACCUCCCCAUAGAGCUAAUUCCUGACAUGGAAACUGGCUUUCCCAAGUGAGUAAUCCAAGCAAGAAACAGUGUGAGAGAACACCUAAUAUGGGAACCAUGGUCUUUUAUAAUCUAACCUUAGAAAUGACAUCCCAUUACUGCUGCUGUUCCGUUUUUUAGAAGUGAGUCAAUUCGUCUAGCCCACGCUCAAGGAGAGGAGAUUACACCAGGGUAUGAAUAUCAGGAGGCAGGAAUCAUGUGGAGAAAUCUUAGUGACUACCUAAAACAAUGGUGCCAGGCCUUGAUGAUGCUUUCUAGAUGUUCAUGACCUAGUGGGAAAAAUGAAUAUGCAUGUAGACAAACGACAGUCUAUAUGUUAGAUGUAGCAAGGCAGGCUUUGGAAUUGCACAGUGUAACUGGAAUUUGAGGCCUGAUGCCAUUAUUUACUAAAUCCUUCUGGAUGACUUACUAAACCUCUCUGAGCCUUAUCUUUCUCAUCUGCUUAAAUGGGAGAUAAUGCUAUCAUUAUAGCAUAUAUAUGAGAUAAGCAUGCAAAACCACCCAGUAUGGUAUCAGACGUAUGGUAGGUGCUUAUUUAAGAAUAAUAGUAGUUGUUGUUAGGAUUAUUUUAGGUAUUUUAGUAGUGGUAAGUAACCAGUAAAAUAUGUAGUCACUGUUAAUGAGAUGACAUAUUUAAUAUAGCAUCUUUGUUAAUAGUGUUUAAAACUAGUUAAGAUCUUCCGAUUUACCUGAGCGGGCGGGGAAACCUGCCCCAUGAGGAUCCCCUGGGCUCGCCCAGUGCACAGGGGAAGCGUCCCGUGGCUGGGCCCCUCUUGGUCAGCCCAUGCAGCCGCCAUGACCUGGAGCAUCACAGCCGGGGGUGCCCACCAGCUCAACACCACCACAUUCACGCGGCAGCGCUUCCCCGCCUGGCAACCGCUGCUGUUGGCCAGCAUUACGCUGCAGCUCUUCUACGUGGGCCUGGCCUUCUAUUACUCCUCCAACAGCAUCAAGGAGCUGGAGUACAACUACACUGGCAGCCCGGGCACCAGCAACUGCUCGGUGUGAACUGCAGCUGGCCAGGGCUGUGCGCCACCGCCCACCUGCUCAUGCGCCUGGUACUUCUCACUGCCUGAGCUCUUCCAGGGCCCCGUGUACCCCUACUACGUGCUGACCGACUUCUACCAAAACAACCGGUGGUAUGGAAUGUAUGACAAUGCGCAGCUGAGCAAGCUGCCCAGCACGCUGCACCACCCGGUCAAUGAGUGCACCCACCGCGCCGCCUGCCCAUUCGCACCCUGCACCAUCAUUACCAACAGCCUCUUCAACGACUCCUCCUCGCUGUGACACCAGCGCCGGCGCGGGCCCUACGUGGAGGUGCCGCAGUACCGCACUGCAUGCAUCGCCUGGUAGACCAACAACUAUCCCAUCAAGUUCUGCAACCCGCCACUGGUCAACGGCAGCCUGGCACUGGCCUUGCAUGGCACGGCACUCCCGCCCAACUGGCACCGGCUGGUCUACGACGAGCUCAGCCCCAUCCCCAACAACACCGGCUUCAUCAACCAAGACUUCGUGGUGUGGAUGCACAUAGCAGCGCUGCCCUCAUUCCGCAAGCUGUAUGCGGACAUCCACCAGGGCAACUACUCAGCUGGGCUACUACGGGGUGUCUACUGUGUCAACAUCACCUACAACUACCUGAUGCGUGCAUUUGGCGGCCACAAGCUCCGCAUCUUCAGCAGCAUCUUGUGGAUGGGUGGCAGGAACCCCUUCCUGGGCAUCGCCUACCUGAUCAUCAGCUUCCUCUGCAUCCUCACCGGCUUUGUCAUGCUGAUCAUCCACAUUUGCUACCAGGACCAACCAGAACGAUGA